GUGAUCCAAGCAGCAACAGCCAGUCUCCUCAAGAUGAAAUUCCUGAUCAUUGCCGUCGCCUUCCUGGCCUGCGCCCACGCCGAUGUCUCGGAGCUCUCGGCCGGAGGCUACGACUACCCCCAGCCCGCUCCGCCGGCGCCCGUGAAGAGCUACAUUCCCCCUCCGCCACCACCUCCCCCACCGGCCCCCAAGAAUACCUACAUCCCUCCCCCGGCCGCCCCCGCCAAGGCCUACAUCCCUCCCCCACCACCACCGGCUCCCAAGAACACCUACAUCCCCCCUGCCCCCGUGGCUGCUCCCGUGGAGACCUAUAUCCCGCCCGCCGCCCCUGCCCCCGCCUACAUCCCGCCCGCCCCCGUGCAGGCCGAGGAGCCCAUCGUCGAGGAGAUCGAGCAGCCCGCCCAGGACGGAUACCGCUACAAGACCGUGCGUCGUCGCGUCUUCCGUCACCGCAACUAAGUCUCUGGAAACCCGUUGUUGACUAAUGUGAUAGGACCUGGCAGUGGUCACCCAGCUGGGCAAUCUGUUAAAGUUUUUAAAGAGUAAAUAAACGAUAAAAUGAAA